GAGAGAGGGUGAGAGAGACUGCGAGAGAGGCAGUGAGAGAGUGAACGAGUGGUGAAAGUGGCGUAAAUGAUACUAAAAUGGAUGUUAAGUGGCGUUGACUCCAAGUGUUGGCGACUUUUGACGCGCGGAACCGUUGGACCAAAUGAUGGACCCGUAUAUCUCGUAUACAUUGAAUAAUCAGAACAUCCAUUGCGUGAUCCAAGAGAAGGACACUAUCAUUGGCCGGCAGUCAAAAGAGAUCGAAGACCUCCACAAAGCGAACCAACUGUUGGCCAAAGACAACGACAAACUGAGAACAGAUCUCGAUUUGCAGAAGAAGUUAUGCGAAGCCCUCGAAAAGUUUAAAUACACUCUCGAAAGACAUGUCGCCGUUCUUAAGGACUACGACAACCAGCGGUGGUCUAUACCCGACGUCGAGUCCGAGGUGCGGAUUUGGGAACACGAAUACCUCAUGAUUAGGAAAAUGUUGGAGAAGAAGGAACGGGAGGAACAGGCGUUGAUAAUGUCGACCAAUGCUGUUCAGUGUGCCAUAAAUGCCAAUUCAGAUCCCACUAACCCGAGUGCCGAUCAGACAUCCAAACAGCGGAGGUCUGCGCCAAAGGUUAGGCCUAUAGAAGUGGGCGCCGACGGGACGGCACUUAAACGAUAUGUCUGUGAUUUUCCCAACUGUUCGUAUCGGAGUAAUUGGGCUCACGAUCUGAAAGGACACAAACGGAAACACACGGGGGAGAAGCCGUACACCUGUGGUUGGCUUAACUGUAAUAAGUCGUUCCGUGACUUAAGAGACUUAAAACGACACCAGAGGUAG